CUUUUACUUGCAGCGGAAAAGAAUCCUUCUGACCACACCCUUGCCUCAGUGUGCAGUAGAAUUUCUGUCGGUUCUUGGCUUGAGUCUGGCAUCCUACAAAGCUGGCUCUCCACUCAUUUGCUUGCCUCUCCACCAACAACUGAUGCUGAGGUCACACCAACAAGCUGGCAGUUACUGAGGACCCUCACAGCCUACAUCAUAACUCAGCAUACUCAGAAUGCAGAGGAGGUGGCCCAUGGGCUGUUGCGAUCCUUGGUGCCACUGGGCUCCUCCAUGGUCUGUGGUGGCAGUGAGGGCCUUGCCAGCAUGACCCACCUACUGACCAUCAUGUCCUCUCUGGCUAGUGCUGGCUCAGGCACUGGUCAUGUUACACUCUUCAAGGCAGCCACUCUCUGGGUCACUCAGUGUGUUCAGUGCAUACAAGUUUUAUCAGGGAAGAAUGACAAGGAGUUGCUGGAAGCUAUGUGUCAUCUCUUGACAUACGUCAGUGAUGUAGUGGCAGCCCUCAAGGUAAACAGUGAACGCUGGGCCGUGGCUUAUCGCAGUGGCAUGACCUCUCCCCCAUAUGAACUUGACCUCACAGUUGACAAUGACUCUGAUUGGGUGGAUGACCUCACCCAGGAAGAGGAGGAUAGCGCUGGGGAGGACUCGGAUGAAGACAGUAUGUGCAACAAGCUUUGCACGUUCACCCUCACCCAGAAGGAGUUUAUGCAUCAGCACUGGUACCACUGCCAUACCUGCCGCAUGGUAGAUGGUGUUGGGGUGUGCACAGUGUGUGCACGGGUGUGUCACCGUGGUCAUGACGUGACUUACUCCAAGUAUGGUGCGUUCUUCUGUGACUGUGGAGCAAAGGAGGAUGGGUCGUGUCAGGCAUUGGUGAAACGCAGCCCAGCUUCCUAUGAAGAUGGCACAGGCUCCUCCAGUGGGCCAGCUGCAUUUGGGGUAGAGCCACUCUUACCUUCUUCACUGAGACGCCGUCCAUCCUCACCAUCACAGAUUACUCAAAUGGACAAACACAGAGAUGAUACACACAAGCAGAGGCAAGCCUUGGCAAAGAAACUAGAGAAUGUAAGAGACCUUUUGGUUGGUGAGGUGAGCAGCAGUGAGGUAGCAGCAACAGUGCUUGACCUGCUGAAUGAUCUCAUGCCCACCAUCCAAGCAAGUGUCACUGAAUCCAGCUCUGUAGGUUCCUACCAGCGAGCCUUAGCAGCACUACACCAAGUUCACACCAAUCCUAAGUCAGUUGAGCCAACUGAGAGCUUGAUGCUGCCCACACUGGGGUCCCAGGAAGGGGCCUUUGAGAAUGUCCGCCUAAAUUAUUCAGGAGAACAAGGCCAAACGAUCCGCCCACUGGUGUCCUCCUAUAUGAUUCGCCGUGUGGCCAUGUGCUGCUUGGCUUCCCCAGGGGGAAAGAGGCAGCAUUUAGCAGUAUCUCAUGAAAAGGGAAAGAUCACUGUGUUGCAACUUUCUUCACUCCUGAAGCAACAUGACUCUGCCAAAAGGAAGCUGACUCUAACUCGCUUGUCUUCGGCUCCAGUACCCUUCACUGUUCUCUCCAUCACUGCCAACCCAUCUAAUGAUGACUAUCUUGCAGUGUGUGGCCUCAAGGACUGCCAUGUGCUGACCUUUGCUAGUGCAGGCAGUGUGUCGGACCACUUAGUGCUUCACCCACAGCUGGAGUCAGGCAAUUACAUCAUCAAAGCAGUAUGGUUGCCUGGGCAGCAAACCCAGCUGGCCCUCAUCACAGCUGAGUUUGUCAAGAUAUAUGAUCUCAGUGCUGACUCUCUAUCCCCACAGUACUUUUUCCUUCUCCCAUCUGGAAAAAUUAAGGAUGCUUGCUUUGUUUGCACACAGGACAACAGCUGCUACCUUGUUGCCAUGGCGUCCUCUGGAUACAUCUAUACACAAGUGCUUAGUGAAGAGAGCUCAGCACAGCAUGGCCCCUUCUAUGUGACCAAUGUGCUGCAGGUUCACCAUCAGGAUCUAAAGGACUGCAAUGGCCAGAUAGGUGGAGGAGGAGUGUCAAUCUACUAUUCCCACACCCUUCAACUGCUCUGCUUCAGUUAUGCUCAUGGCAAGAGCUUCCUUGCCCCCCUCGUGUCUAUAAAUGAAAAUGAAAAAGUUGACAAGCUGUUUAUUGUAAGUAUUAAAGGAGGCAAUGGGACAGGAGGGGGCAGCAGUAACAGCAGCAGCAGCAGCAGUAGCAGCAGCAGCAGCAGCAGUAGCAGUAACAGCAGCACUGGAAGUAGUGGUGGCAAGAUGGCGCCCCAGCCACUCUGCCAGUGGGGAGAGGUCACCGGUCAUCCUGGACUUAUUACUUGCCUCACACAGUCAAGUAACAACCCGGUGAUUCUUAUGGUGAAGCCUGAUCAGAUUCUUGUUCAAGAAAUACGUGUUUUGCCUGCUAAAAGUAAGAUGACCGACUUGGUAGCUCUGAGGCACUCAUGGGCCCCUAACCAUGAGGCCAAGACCACUCUCAUCCUGCUGUGUGAAGAUGGCUCUCUCAGGAUUUACAAUGCUAACUCUCAGGCAACAGACUUUUGGCUGUCACCCCAGAUGCAAGUUAUCAGUGCCAUAUCUACACUUCGACCAUCAAGAAAAAAGAAGGUUCCUAAACUAGGGCGACCAUCAGGCUCUGUUGUCUUCCCCGUGGAUUUCUUUGAGCACUGCUCCAUGAUGAAUGAUAUUGAAUAUGGAGGAAAUGACCUAUUGCAAGUAUAUAAUGUGCAGCAGUUAAAGAACAGACUCAACAGCCAAGGGAUGUAUGUGGCCUCUACAAAGCCGGGAGGAUUCCAGCUGGAGAUAACAAACAAUGACUCCACACUAGUCAUCUGUGGCCUACGAGUGGCAGUGGGUGCAGUGGACACGCAGAAGGUGCCUGCAUAUCUAGAGGUAUUUGGACGAAACGUAUCAAUUACUGCCACUCGCAGCCGAUGGUUUGAUGUUCCCUUAACAAGAGAGGAGUCACUGCAGGCAGACAAACGCAUAACUAUUACAUUUGGAACUUCAGCUGAUCCAUCAAAUGUGACAAUGGUUGAUUUCGUUAAAAUAUAUGGAAAAACCAAGGAGGACUUUGGUUGGCCUGAGGAACCAGAGGAUUUCUCCGCUGCUGUAAGUGGAACAGCUGGCACUGGCUCAUCAGGUAGUGGUGGGGAGUCAUCUGCAUUGGGUGGAUCUUCUUCUGCUCCUCUGCCCCUUACUGCUGUGGAUCGUCUUGUAUCAUCUGCUCUAGAGACACUUGAUGGAUGUUUUGUAGCCACACCAGCAGAGAAGAUUGUAGCUCGAGCAGGAGCACUAGACUUAGCCACCAGACUGCUAAAUCUGCCACUACCUCCAACAGUGCAGCAUCACACCAGGACACUGCUUGCAUCCCUACACCAAAGCAGAGUGGCUUAUCACAACCACAAGGAUGGAGCACAACUUAGCAGCGUGGUAGAAGCCCUCAGCAACCUUCGCCACGUAACUGAUCCCCAUCACUUGGACUGCGAGGCUUAUCACCGGUUGGUGGUUGCUGCCAGGAACGUUGCCGUUGCCCGUCCCCACAACCUUGUCAAAUACACAGAAAAAGUUGCCACAGUAGACUUGUCAGCUGUCCAUUCUGAGGAGGAUGUAAGAAAGAUGGAACAUGCAGUAUCUCCUUCUGGACCCAAAGGAGAGGGAGAUGUAUCCAGGAAGAGUGAUGGAGACUCCACUCUUAGCAAGGCAUCUGACACCACUUCUGAUUCUGAAGCCACCCUUGAAGGGGGUGACAGCAAUGGCAAUGAUGUGAACUGUGACGAUAGCCACUUCCUGGCUCAGUUAAUGUCAGUGUUCUGGGCCCUGCACCAAGCUAAGCCGACCAAUUUAUUCCUAACUCCAAUGUGCCAACCAGGGUUAACACAUAUUGAAGCCACAGUGCAGGCAGUGGUGGAAAUAAUUCAUGCCUACACAGUCUGUUCCCUGUCUGCUGUGCCACUAGCUGUGCGGCUUUACACUGAACUGCUAUUGUGCACCGACACAGCUGUCAGCUUUGGAGCAAAGCAAGCUCUGAUUCGAGUGUUGAGACCUCGUCACAAGAGACGCAAAGUAUUCAUACCCAGUCCUCCUCGCUGCUCUACACCAGGUGUGGGAGUUGAGGAGGCAGAUAAGUCAGCAGUGGCUCCACAAGAAGCAGCUGGAGCUGCCUUGGUUGAGCCUCCCUUUGAAGGAGCUGAAGCCCCCGAUCCCAUUGCUGAUCCAGGUGGUGCUGGUGAAAGCCUAGAGGCCCUUGGUAUGCUUGGGGGCGGUGGUGGAGGAGGAGGUGGACUCUCUCUACGUGGAGCCCUUAUGGGAGGCAUGCUGGACCUACCAGCUGAUGAUGACGAUGCCAUGAUGGAACUGGCUAUUGCCCUUUCCCUCCAUGAGGAACAAGGCCAAGCUCCAGCUGACCUUGGUAACCUUCACCCUGGACUGCAGGGGCUAGUUGGGGGUCUUCCAGGUCUACACCGUCUGCAGGGGCUAAGUGGACAGGUGCUGCAUAGCCUCCAAGUGCUGGCUGCAGGAGGCAUGCCAGGGAACAAUGCUCAGGCCAAUGCACAAGAGGUACAACAGGAUGGUGGAGAGGAGGCAGAUGGUGUUGACGGUGAGGCUGGAGAUGGCCAGGAAAACGGUCACUACUCUGAUACUACAGCCUCUGCCAAUGGUUCAGAUGAUGAUGAUGGGGAUGGUUCAACUGCCGCCACGGACGGUUCUAAUCUGCGGGCGUCACCAGCUGAACAUGCUGGAAGUGCUGGGAGUGAAUCAGGAGGCUCCGUAGUAGAAAGUCUUGGUGGUGAGCACAAUGUAUCAGGCCGCAGCUCAGCCUAUGGGGACACAGGCCAUGAAUCAUCUUCAGCAACUCUGCGAGAAGGAGCAGCAGCCCUCCCCUCCACCAUGCAGGGUGAAUUGAUAGAAGAAGAGCUGCCAGAGGGAGGGGUUGGCCUACACACCUUACGACUGGCUCUCCUCGACGCUCUCAUCCAGCGUAUCCCGUCCCUGUCUUCUGUGGGGGGCGUCACUACCAUUCCCUUCUUCCAGGUAUUGCUGAUGCUCACUUCUGAUCUCGACGGAAAUGACACAAGAGACCGGGCCAGCCUUGAUGCAGUACUCUCUGCUUUGGUGACGCAACUCAACAUGAGCAGCUUUGACUUGAGCACGGUGGCUGAGCGGACGCCUAGCAGAGAGGUGCAGCUGGUUGUCAUGAGGCUCCUGAGUGUAAUGAUGUCUCGCAGCAAAUCCGGAGCACGUCCGAGCAGUGAAAGUUCCAGUGUUAUACCUCAAGCCACAGCCAGUUGUCUUGUGCGCUCUGGUGCUAUGGAUCAUUGCUUGGCUCUCCUGAAGGCCCUCCUGGAGUACUGGAGAGUUUCCUCUAAGGAACAGAGUGGGACUGUGAUUGGUGCUGGCCUGUUGAAGCCUCGACCUCUUUUAGUACCUCCAGAUAUGUCGCCCUUCUUCUUGCGUCAGUACGUGAAGGGUCACGCCCAUGAUGUGUUUGCUGCUUUCCCUCAUCUUCUAACAGAAAUGGUCCUCAGAUUGCCAUAUCAGAUGAAAAAACUUGGAGAAGGAGGACAAUUUGAGCCAGCCUGGUCUCACUACCUGUGUGAGUACAUGAUGACCCAGCAGACACCUGUAGUACGCAGACAGGUGCGCAAGUUACUUCUGUUCAUCUGUGGUCACAAAGACAGAUAUCGCCAGAUGAGGGACAUGCAUGCCCUUGACUACCACAUAAAGGAUGUGAAGGUGCUGUGUGCCCAAGGAGGGUUCAGCUUCUCUGGCAGUGCUUCCCUCACUCCCAUCAGCCUGCCGUACGAUUCCCUCAUUCAGCUCAUUGAACACCUCAAGGCUUGUGUGGACAUAGCUUCAUCGCGUACACCAAACUGGCAAAAAUACUGCCUGAAGGAUGAAAGUGUCUUGGGUUUCCUGAUGGAAGUGUCCUGUCUGUUGGAGGAAGGUGUUGCCCCAACUGUCCUUCAGCUUCUUCAGGCAGCACUCUGCCCUUCCUCAAAAAAUUCUGAAAACUCCAAGAGUGGCAGUAGUAAACGUGCCUCAAGUGAGGAUAGUGAAGGAGAGACACGUGGAGAGGAAGCCCACUGUGCUGCUCUGGUAGCUCAGAUCAAUAGGUACUUGGACCGUAACCGGAUCAGCCAGUUUGUGUGCACCUUUCUCCUGGAGUCAAACUCAACUGGGGUGAGAUGGCAAGCACAUUCCCUAGUCUUGGCUCUGUAUCGGCAUUCCCCACCAAGAGACCAAGAUAUUCUUCUUACUCUAAUGUGGUCUCUGUGGCCUCAUCUCCCAACCUAUGGGCGUAAAGCUGCACAGUUUGUGGAUCUCUUGGGAUACUUCUCCCUCAAAACACAGCACUGUGAAAAGAAGGUCAUUGAAUACAUCAACCGAGCUGUGACAGUCUUGCGCACCCAGUCUCAGCUUCUGGCCAACCACCCUAAUGCCAAUCUCUACAAUUCACUUGCCUCACUGGUUGAGUUUGAUGGCUAUUAUCUUGAAUCUGAGCCAUGCUUGGUUUGUAAUAACCCUGAGGUUCCCUUCUCCAGUGUCAAGCUGUCAACAGUGAAGGUGGAUUCUCGCUUUACAACAACAACUCAGUUAGUGAAGUUGGUUGGCAGCCACAUGAUCAGCAGACUCACCCUCCGUAUUGCUGAUCUCAAGCGCACAAAAAUGGUUCGCACUCUCAAUAUCUUCUACAACAACCGCUCUGUGCAAGCCGUGGUGGAACUCAAGAACAAGCCCUCUAUGUGGCAUCGUGCAAAGAAAGUAACACUGUCUGCUGGGCAAAUUGAGGUCAAGAUAGACUUCCCACUGCCAAUCAUUGCCUGUAACCUGAUGUUUGAGUAUACAGACUUCUAUGAAAAUCUUCAGGCCUCAACAGAGACCCUCCAGUGCCCCAGAUGUUCAGCAGCUGUGCCAGCCUCCCCGGGUGUGUGUGCCAAUUGUGGGGAAAAUGUUUACCAGUGUCACAAGUGCAGGGCCAUAAACUAUGAUGAGAAAGAUCCAUUCCUCUGUAAUGCUUGUGGGUAUUGCAAGUAUGCCAAGUUUGACUACACUUUACAAUGUCGUCCAUGCUGUGCAGUCGAUCCAAUUGAAAAUGAAGAUGACCGCAAAAAAGCAGUUCUGAGCAUCAACACCCUUCUUGAAAAAGCAGACCGAUACUACAAACAACUUCAAGGAUAUAAGCCUACACUAGAGGUCUUGUUUGUACAGUUGCUGGUGGUACGUAUCAGUGAGCAGGGAGCAACGCGCAGUGUUGACGAGGGCACCUCAGGGGGCACCCAGGUCAACAGAACCAUUCAGCAACUUGCCCAGAAGUAUUGUGGAGAUUGCAAGAACUCUUUUGAUGAUUUAUCUAAAGUCAUUCAGCGAGUUCAGGCUUCUCGACGUGAGCUAGUGAACUUUGAUCGGUCUCAGAAGGAAGGAGGAAAGAAAGCAGUGAUUUCUCCCUUGAAUCGUGCUGGCAUUGCCCACAACACUGUAGAAGGUGCUGUAGCUGGGGGUCGGUGUUACGGGUGUGCUGCUGCUGCCACAGAACACUGCAUCACUUUACUGAGAGCUUUGGCAACCAACCCAGCAUUACGGGCAGCACUAUGUCAGCAUGGACUCAUCCACAAUCUUAUGGAGUACAACCUCCGGCGAGGCACCGUACAGGUUCGCAGUGAGGUCCGUCAGUUGCUGUGCCUCUUAACCAAGGACGACCUCACAGCCACACAGGAGCUCAAUCAGCUCAUCAUGGAAAAAAUAAGCAUUGCUCUACACUCCCAUGUGAGCUCUCCUGACCUUGCUGCAACUGUUAGACAUGAAAUGGGACUCCUUGCAGCCUCAGCUCAGAAGGAAGACUCCUGCUGGGAGUACAGACUGAGGUGUGUGGUUCAGUUGUUCUUGAUGUCUGGUGGGUCCACUGCUUCCCCAACUGUGAUGGAGCACAUUACCCUUCCCUGCCUACGCAUCCUCCAGGGGGUUAUGAGGCCUCCAACUCCCCCUCCACCUCGUAAAAGCAGAGACAAGACUCCGACCACCACAACUGCUUCUACUACAGGGACUUCAGGGGCCAUCACAAUUUCAGUGGCAGACUUCAUGGCCUCAUACUUAGGAGGUUCAAAGGUUGGAGUGGAUGUCAGCAAGUGGUUAUCUGGCCACCCGGAUCAUUCCUUUGAAUACUGGAAGAAGCGCCUUGUAAGGAAAGCAUCAGAAGCGUCUGUCUCAAAGAUGAAGCGGGAUGAAGUUCAUGAAAGGUACUUAGUGGAAAAGUUUGGAACCCGUUGGCUUGCUCGCACUGUUCGACACCUGUAUGAUCUCAAGAUGCAGGACACCUCAUGGCUGAAACAUGUUCUGUUCAACCCUUCUUCAAGAAUGGCAAGACAAGUCACUGCCCAGAUGGUGGAAUCUCUCUGUACCUCUGUUCAGCGCAGGAAAGAGAUCUUGGAUAUGCUGACGACCUUCCUGCCAGAAAUUGGGAGAGCUGGAGAGAGUGCCGGGGAGUUUGUUUCCCUCUACCAGAGCUUGGUGGGAGGAGCACACUGGAAGAUCUACCUAGCCCUGCAGGGGGUUCUUCCCACCAUUGCCAGUCUCAUCACCUCAGAAAUUCAGUCCCUCACCACCUUGGAAGAAAUCACACUGACCACAGACCUCAGUCAGGGUUAUGCUUUGAAAGUGUUGACUGAACUAUUAUCACAGUUUAUUGAUGUUGAGGCAAUCAAAAGAGUAUACAAGGGCCGCCUUGUGGGCACAGUGCUUAGCGGCUACCUCUCCCUCCGAAAGUUGGUGGUUCAGCGCACUAAACUGAUUGAUGACACUCAAGAUAAGUUCCUUGAGCUUUUGGAAGACAUGACAUCAGGAACUGAGGCAGAAACCAAGGAGUUUAUGGCAGUGUGUGUAGAAACACUGAAACAGUAUCCUCAGGAUGAUCUGCGAACUCCUGUCUUUAUUUAUGAGCGGCUGUGUUCCAUCAUCUAUCCCGAAGAGAAUGAUGUAGGAGAGUUCUUCCUCACUCUAGAGAAAGACCCUCAGCAGGAAGAUUUUCUGCAGGGUCGUAUGGUUGGCAACCCAUACAGCAGCAUGGACUCUGGCCUGGGUCCCCUCAUGAGGGAUGUCAAGAACAAGAUCUGCCAAGACUGUGAGUUGGUGGCCCUCCUUGAAGAUGACAGUGGCAUGGAACUCCUAGUUUGCAACAAGAUUAUUUCCCUUGACCUUCCUGUAAAAGAGGUAUACAAGAAAGUAUGGCUAGUUGAGAACAGUGAAAGUGAUGCCAUGCGGGUUGUGUACCGCAUGAGAGGCCUCCUUGGGGAUGCCACAGAAGAGUUUGUGGAGACCUUAGACAAGAAAAAAGAGGAAGAUGUGGAUAACGAGCAAGUCUAUCGCAUGGCAGGAGUCAUGUGUCAGUGUGGAGGACUGGAGGUAAUGCUAGACUGUUUGAAGAGGAUCAGUGAUCUGUCAUAUGCCCGGGCGUUGGUCACAGUUCUUCUGAAGCUUUUCCACUAUUGUGUAAAGGUGCGAGUAAACCGGGAGCGCCUGAUGGUACCAGCCCUGAAUGCCAUUGCCACAUUAUUACACACACUGAAGCAAUGCCUGGCAGCUGAACCAGAGGUGGUUGCUGGCCCUCCUGGUGGAGCCUCUCUCACCGAGCAACUACUUCAGGUUCUUGAAGCUGUGUUGGUAGAAGCUUCCUCCAUGCCUGCUGCCUCAUAUACAGAGUUUGUUGAGACCUGUGGCACCCUGGAGGACAUCCACCUACUGCUGAACUAUGUUGCCACAUCCUCACGCACCAAUGCCCAGGUACGACAGCGACUGAUGCGUGUCCUGCCCUUCUUAGUCUUUUGUCACAAAGAAAAAAUGGAACUGUUGGUUGGACAUUUCCGACCUGUAUUGGACUUUGAAAAGUUUGAUGAUGAACAUUCUCCUGAGGACGCUGCAAAAAUGGAAUCCUUCUGCGUUUUUUGUGAUGGCAUUGAACGUAAUGAAAAUGGCAACCAACUCAAGGAUAUGAUAAUCCGAGCAAACAUUGUCAAGGAUGCUCUUGCUUACAUUGAAACCCACAUGCCUGUCAGCAAGAAACUCUUAGUUGUUUGUAAUGACGAGUGGAAGGAAUUUUUGGGGCGACCAUCACUGAAAUACAUAUUGAGGCUCCUCACAGGACUAGCCACAAAGCACCGAGGAACCCAGCAGGCAGUGGCAGCCACCUGCAUACCAGCUAUCCAUCGGCUGGAGCAGAUCUCUUCUGAUGAGCAUGUGGGUUCAGUGGCAGAGAAUCUGUUGGAGGCCCUGAGGGAUGAUCCAAGCAUUGCUGGCCAGGUUGAGGAAGUGCGAAGGCAGACUAGGCAAGAGAAGAAGCGGCUGGCCAUGGAGACAAGAAAGAAAGAGCUGAGUCGUUUAGGACUGAGAGCUAAUGACAAGGAGCAGAUUACAUCACAGUCGACUUUGCUCUCAAAAAUGGGAGAAAUUGCUGAAGAGUCCGGCUUGGUUUGUGCAAUAUGCUUAGAAGGGUACCGCUGCCAGCCUCAAAAGGUGCUGGCAGUGUACACCUUCAGCAAGCGGUGUGUGGUGGAAGAAUAUGAAAACAAGCCUCACAAGACUUUAGGGUACUGCACGGUUUCUCAUUUCAAUGUGGUACAUGUUGACUGCCAUCUUGCUGCUGUGAGAUCAUCAAGAUCCCGGGAUGAAUGGGAGAGUGCAGCUCUUCAUAAUGCUAACACCAGGGCCAACGGUCUUCUUCCUCUGUGGGGUCCACAAGUUCCUGAGUCAGCCUUUGCAUCAUGCCUUGCUCGUCACAAUACAUAUUUGCAGGAGAGCACCACUCACAGGGAUAUAAAUUAUUCUUCAACUCUACAUGACUUGAAGCUCCUGCUCUUAAGAUUUGCCAACGAAAAGUCCUUCAGUGAUGAUACUGGUGGAGGUGGCCGCCAGUCCAACAUGAACUUGAUCCCAUAUAUUCUUCACAUGGCUGUUUAUGUCAUCAACACAACUCGUGCUGCAAGUAGAGAAGAAAAGAAGUUGUCAACAUUCUUAGAAGCUAAUCGAGAGCGAUGGGUUGAAAGUGCUUAUGAAGCGGAAGGUGUGUUCUACAUGGGUAUUCUGGCCUUAGCAGUGUAUUCCCCUAUACAGUGGACUGCCAUUAGAGUAGCCUACCUGCAGCGUCUGCUUGUGGCUGCCCACACCCGUGCUGUCUCUCCUCAUCCUCCACAGAACAACAAAGUCACAGAUAAAUCAACAAAGGACUGGGCAGUUUACAAGCAUGCUGCCAUAUUUUGGGCCCUCGUAGAUGGGAUUUAUAACAUGUUCUUCAAGAAAGCAACUAGUGAAGGGGAAUGGAGUGUCAACGUAGCAGAAUUUGUGCGUCACAACGAUCAAAGCCUUGUUGAAGCCGCCUCCAAAAUGCUUUCCAUGUACCAAGAAGAACUGCUUCCUCUAGCAUCUUUUGCAGAAUUCUGUGAUGUUGUGGGUUUACUUCAUGAAAUUGAAAACCCUGAGGAGUUUUUGACAGAAGUUUUACUGAGCCUUCCCUAACAGCCAGCAAAGGGUGGUGGAGCAGAUCAUCCACAAGACUCGAGCCUUUCAAGACACAUAGUGUGUAUUGUGAGAAGUAUUGUUGAAGAACAUUUACUUAUACCUGCUCUUACCUGCAUAAAAUGUUACUGUAACUGCUUGCGGUAAAUUGCCUAGUUCUGGAGUUCUGUAUGAUUUAGUCAAAAGUAAGUUACUAUACUAUGAUUUUUUUUCACACCCUGAUGACAUCUGAAAUUUCUUAACAAGGGUAUUUAAUAUGUAGGUAGAUGUAUUUUAUUUUUUUUCACCAUUAUUUUUCCCUAGUCUUCUGAAAGUCCUUUUAUUUACCUACCAUAUAACUAAUGUUUGAUUUGUGUACAUGUUGCAAUGAAGUUAUGCUUCAUACACCAAAGGCUUCAUAUGAUGUAGCUUAUAGCAGUUAUUAUUAAUUAUGUGCUUCUUUCAAACUGUAGGAUGACAUGUAUUAAAGAAAAAAAUGUAUUCAUAACACUUUACUAUGUGGCAUUGUAAUACAUCCUGUAUCUGCUUUUCACAUAUUUUUUUUCAUGCACCAAGGUUAACACAGUGAUCUUAGAAUUCAUGUCAGUUAUGUAAACACUUUCAGGUUUUAAAUUUCUAGGUUAAAGAAAUUACUAUCUACAUUAGUUGCAAAAUAUUCAGAAAAGCUGAAAAUGAAAUCGAAACCAUGAAAUUAAGAUUUAUUUGCUUGAUUUUGUUGCAGGAAAUGUGACACAUUUCCCCCUAUUUUUUAGUAACUAGCUGACCCAGGACACAAUAGCUCACCCACUACCUACUCGCCAGUGUAGGUGUCAAAUAAGAUGAAUACAUGUGAAAUUACAAAUGAUUAAAUUUUCUCCUUUAGAAAGUUUAACUUUUCAGAAGUACCAUUUUUGCCACUGUAAUGAACUAUAUAUCCUAAAAAAAUACUGUCUUUGAAUGCAAAAUAAUAUUCAAUAAAUUUAAAAGCUUUA